AUAGUACAUUUGUGGUUGUGAAAGAGUACAAUUUUGAACAAUUGAUUUAUCGUAGAAUAGGAGAGGGUAAUUAGAGAAACAAUGGUUACACUUGCAGCAAUAGCAAGAAGCUUCCAUUUUCAGAAACAUUCUUUAAUCAACAUCACUACCAUUGGUAAAUCUUCAACAGCAGGACACUACUGGCUCAGGCCUGCUACUGCAGGAACAGGAGUCACACCACGUUAUAGGCAAAUUUGUGCAGCGGCACAACAGCGACCGACAUGGCUCCCUGGACUUGAUUCUCCAACUUAUCUUGAUGGAACUUUAGCUGGAGAUUAUGGGUUCGACCCACUUGGGCUUGGUGAGGAUCCUGAAAGCUUAAAGUGGUAUGUGCAAGCAGAAUUGGUUCAUUCUCGCUUUGCAAUGCUUGGUGUCUUUGGAAUUCUAGUCACAGAUCUACUUCGCGUCGCAGGAGUUAGUACUAUACCAGUUUGGUUUGAAGCUGGUGCAGUAAAAUACGAGUUUGCGAACAUAGGGACACUCGUCGCUGUUCAACUACUUUUGAUGGGGUAUGCGGAAACAAGAAGGUACAUGGAUUUUGUAAGUCCUGGAUCUCAAGCUAAAGAAGGUUCCUUCUUUGGAUUGGAAGCUUCAUUGGAAGGCUUAGAGCCAGGAUAUCCUGGGGGUCCUCUGUUUAACCCUCUUGGUCUAGCUAAAGACAGUAAAAAUGCUCAUGGUUUGAAGCUUAAAGAGAUCAAGAACGGACGACUUGCAAUGGUGGCAAUACUUGGCAUCUUUGUACAAGCUUCAGUGACUCAUGUUGGACCAAUUGAUAACCUUGUGGAGCAUCUCUCCAAUCCAUGGCAUAAAACUAUUAUUCAGACACUUGCUAGUUCUAGUUCUUAGCUCUGAUACAAAUACAUGUACUAGUUAUAUGGAACCUGGAUGGAUCCAUAAAACCAUAUUAUUUCAUUUAGCUUUGGGUAAAUGACUCAAACUCCGAUUCUUAAAAUGUUCUCUUUCAAGUUUUCA